AUGGUGAAAUAUACGCACAACGAAGAGCUUCAGUUUAAGCUUCCCGUCGAAGAGACUUCUGCUGAUCUUAAUUAUGCAAAGUAUUUGGAUGAUCCAAAUAACGACGAUGAAUUUGAUGAGCUGUUUUUACGCCAUGAUGCUAUAUCACAGAAACGAGCGGGAAGCAUUCAAAGUGUUACAAAUAUGAAUCUAGGAAUCUUUGGACAGGAAGAUGGAAUCAGUUUAUUGAAUGCUUUGGAAGUUAAUACUGAUAUAACAGCUGCCGCCUUGCUUCGAGUUCACUUAUUACGGGUUUUAAUGACAAUUUGGCUCUUCUUUCACCUUGGACUUAUACACUGGUUAGAAUGUUUUCAGAACAUAAGAGAGCUUAUUAACCAGUUCUUUUACAUGCUAUGUUGUGAAGCGAAAGAACAAGCCAAAAAGCUGAAAUAUUCAAUUAAAGCUGUUGAUUAUGUUGUUGAGGCUGCCAAUUAUCGAUAUUUUAUUAUUGAGCGGUUCCCACUCGUGUUGUGUCAGUUCCUAUGCAGAAAUUUAAUCUGCUAUAGUCCGUCUGGGUUCAAGGAAUUUCAAGAAUCAUUUCCAGCUGUUGAUAAACUGAUAUUUCCCCAGAGUACAUGCUUAUUAUUGAAAAUCAAUGACAACUUGCUUGCACCUCCACCUGAUAUUCCUCAGCCGUAUUUGGACAGUGAAAAAGAAGUAAAAGUACCCAGUAAAAGAGAAUAUCAACAUGUAUUAUCUUUGAGAAACGAAUAUUUCACGCAAAAGAGAACUCAUCUUGCAGCAGAGAAGGUCAGAUUGUUGAGCGAGAUUGGCAGAUUUGUUACUUGGAACAGCUUACUUUCUUCUAUAAAAUUCGUCGAUAUAUACGAGAGAUUUGGGUGUAUAUGGGAUGGACAUAUUCUUACAGUCGAAGAAAAAUUAGAAAUUUUGGGUGCUUCUAUAUUAAAUGAAUUAUGUUCAUUCACUAAUACAUGUUCAAAGGAUGAAUUAGACCAUUUGAAAAACAUAAUUCCCGAAAUUACUUUGUUCGAUAUUGCAACUGGAACAAAAUAUAUCGUACAUGGAAAUAUUACUGAGGAUUUUGGAUAUGAAUUGGAGUUCCCUGACAGUUUGGAUAGUUCAAAACCCGAAAGGAGAGUUCUAAUGGUCUACCUAAGUGACGGACGUCUGAGAAAGGAAUUGAUGUUGAAUUACGCUCGUCAUGCCAUAAACAAAAAGAGCUUAGAUAAUGGACCCAAUUUUCUUACUUAUACUCCAGAUUUAGUAAUUGUUACGGGCAAAACGUACGAAAAUCCUCUUCAAACAUACGGAUUUGCGUGUGCUGAUGAGAACAGUUCGAGAUCAAAAUCGCCAUUACUUUACUCAAGACACGGCAGGUUUGGGUUUAACCAAUUUUCUAGGUCAAUUUUUAGCUAUAUUUCGAAUAAUUCGUCUUCUUUCUCGAGUGUGGAAUAUCCUGAACCUGCAAGGGACACUGCAAAUGAACCACGCUCUGGCAGUGCUGUUACUUCAAAUAAAAGUAUCUCUAGCUAUGUUAAUCUUCCGUCAAGUCUCUUCACAAGUCUUCUGAAACGAGUUAAAAGAUUAACCCCAUUUGGUUCUACUUCAAAUAAAGAAGUAGCGUUGGAAGAAUAG